AUGGCACUGCAAGAUGCUUUCCACAGGACCAUGUUCCCAGACCAGCAGGAAAUCCAGGAACUGGCUUCAAGACUCCAGCUUAAUGAUGUGGUAGUGCAGAUGUGGUUUAAAAAUCAGCAACAAAAAAUUGUGACACAGCAGAGAAACUAUCAGGGGAAUUCAUCACUGGGAGCAUCCAACCACGUCAAUCUAAUGAAAGGAGCAUCAUCCAGCCAGGCCAUGGGUUUGGACAUCUCACAAAUCUGCCUGGGGAGUUCCAUGCCUCCCUGGGCAUCUGUGCCCCAGGACAUAGACACGUUAGUGAAAAUGUAUGACUUACCUGGGGAUGAGGACCCUGAAAGUUUUGAUAAGUAUCUUCCCCCUGGGUGCCUUGACUGA